GUGGGAGCAACGUGCGAGAGGGGCUGGGACAUUCCAGCCUAGCCGCUGCUGCUAUGAUCCUCGGAGGUACUCGACACUGGCUCCAGAGGUGCGAGUGUAGCGGAAGAGCGCCUCCGCUCAGCGGCUCCUGACAAGUGACCGUGUGUCGCCAACAAAGUGUUUUUUUUAAUACACGCAGUGGAAUAACUAGUGAAAAGUGCUCCAGCGUCCACCACCAAUUCCGGCUUUUUUUUUCCCUCCAAUUUCGCCAUUUGUCACACUCUAGCCCCGGAGCUGGGGACUCUUCCGCGGAGCUGAGAGGCUCCACGCUCACCGGUGCGGUGGUCUCCGUGUCGCCCGCGUGGAAUGGAGGGCCCCGCGUGGAUUUUCCCCCGUGAGAAUGCGUUUGGCUGCUGAUACAUCCCCCGGCAACCAGUGCUUCUGGAAUAGAGGUUGGCCAAUCGGAGGAGGGCGUGCACACCGGCCGAUCACGGCUGCCGGCAGGGGUCCGAGGGCGCCAUGGACGAUGGCCUCAGGGUACUCCUGUGCGCUCUGCUGUGUCUUAGCCAGGCCCUGCUCUUCGGCUGCACACUUCAAUAUCCGUCUUUCCGCUCUGAGCCCGCCUCAUUGGUGCAAAGUCCGGGUUCGCCGGCUCGCCUACGCUGCGCCGCCGACCCCCUGUCGGCGACGCUGUCCUGGCGCUUCCGGGGCGCACCCCUGCGCGUCGACACCCUACCCGGCGUGGAGCUGAAUGGCGGGACGCUCACCAUCGCCUCCUUGCAGCGUGCCCACGUCGGCGUCUACCAGUGCGUGGCACGCUUGGACCACGGGCUGGCUGUCGCCAGCCGAUAUGCGCGGGUAGACCUGGCAGAAAUCUCAGAGUACAAAGACAGCCGGCGGCGCUCGCUGUCCGUCCACGAAGGUGACGCGGCAAUCAUCGAGUGUCCUCUACCCACUAGCGUGCCGACGGCCUUGCCCAGGCUACGAGUGAGAGGCGAGCGCGUGGAGUCAUCCUCAGACGACUAUUUAGUCCUUCCGUCAGGUAACCUGCAGAUCCCGUCCGUCUCGCCGCGGCAUCAAGGCGUCUACAAGUGUGGCUCGUACAAUCCUGUCACGGGGGAAACCGUCAUGCAGACCCACGGUACCAAAAUCUCUGUCCGACAUCCCCUUUCAGGCGGAUGCCCUGGGCCUUCGCCCCAUCGCCUCCAAAGCCCCAAGCCCCCCACCCUCACGCCAGAAGAUAGCCACUUGCCACUUCCUAACGUUCCCUCUCCGUUGGGCCACGCAGAAAUCUCAGAGUACAAAGACAGCCGGCGGCGCUCGCUGUCCGUCCACGAAGGUGACGCGGCAAUCAUCGAGUGUCCUCUACCCACUAGCGUGCCGACGGCCUUGCCCAGGCUACGAGUGAGAGGCGAGCGCGUGGAGUCAUCCUCAGACGACUAUUUAGUCCUUCCGUCAGGUAACCUGCAGAUCCCGUCCGUCUCGCCGCGGCAUCAAGGCGUCUACAAGUGUGGCUCGUACAAUCCUGUCACGGGGGAAACCGUCAUGCAGACCCACGGUACCAAAAUCUCUGUCCGACAUGCAAACUCCUCCUCCUCUCCAAUGCGGAUAGUUUACCCCACCACCCCCAAGAAUGUGACAUUGCAGUGGUCCCAAUCGUACACGCUGGAGUGCGUGGUUUCCGGAAGUCCGGCCCCGUCGUCCACAUGGUUCAAGAAUGGUGAGCGAGUCGGACUGGGGCCUUCGCUGCGACACCUGCAUGGCAAUUUAGAAAUUGUCUCCGUGACGACGGAGGACAUCGGAGUAUACGUUUGUGCUGCUGAGGGCGAGCAAGGGACGGUGAUGAGCGCCAACUACAUCGUCAACGUUCUCGAACCUGCGGCCGUCUUGGAGGGCCUCGUUGACCUCCAGCAGGCCUCUCUCGGCUCCAGUGCUCAUUUCAGCUGCGUGGCCGCGGGCAACCCCGUCCCCAACGUCACCUGGCUGUUCAACGCCAAGCCCGUGGCCGCCUCGCACCGGGUACGAAUCUCCGGAGUCCAGCUCGUCAUCGCGGAUGUGGUGCCGCGGGACCAAGGCGUGUACCAAUGUCUGCUGGACAAUGGCAUCGGGUCGGCGCAGUCGUCGGGAAUGCUGACAGUGCAGUCGGAAUUGAACCCCGACCUGGAAGUUUGGCCCUCACUGCCACCCAUGCAGAGCGACGAGGGCAGCGACCGCUUCCUGACGGAGGAGGAAGAGGACGCAAGCGAGCCGCCGUCCGCCGGGGGCGCGGAAAGGGCGUGGCCUUGCCGGGGGCGUGGCCUGGCCGGCCAUGCUCACCUUUCGCACUGGAAAAGAAAAGAGCACCUCGUCCAACAAGAAUCCGUCCAACAAGCCUCCCGUCGUCCCGAUGCCGCCCAAAGUGCCCGAGGACAAAAUGCCCAACACGCACUUUGGAGUGGUGAUCCACGACAGAGCUGCUGCCUUCCCGAGGCUCCCGAUCGGCCCACCAUCUCCAUGGCCACCGAGAGCUCCGUCUACGUCACCUGGAUCCCCAGAGCCAACGGCGGCUCGCCCAUCACGGCGUUCCGCGUGGAGUACAAGCGCAGCCGCAGCGCCGAGUGGGGAGUGGCCGCCGACAACAUCUCGCCGCUCAAGCUGUCCGUGGAAGUUCGCAAUCUGGAGCCUGGCGCCACCUACAGGUUCCGCGUGGCAGCGAUGAACUUGUACGGCGCGAGUCCUCACAGCAUGGUAUCAAGACAGUACCAGGUGCCCCAAGCCAGCCCCCGCAUGGCCGAUCGGCCCGUGGUUGGACCGCACAUCUCUGCCACCGACGCCAUCAGCGACACGCAGAUCAUGCUGCGCUGGACUUACAGUCCCUCGAGUAACAACAACACUCCCAUCCAAGGCUUCUACAUCUACUACCGGCCCACUGACAGCGACAAUGACAGCGACUACAAGCGCGACGUGGUCGAAGGUGUGAAAGACUGGCACAUGAUCGGUCACCUGCAGGCAGAGACGUCGUACGACAUCAAGAUGCAGUGCUUCAACGACGGCGGCGAGAGUGACUACAGUAACGUCAUGAUCUGCGAGACCAGAGCUCGCCAGUCUCCGGGCUCGGCGAGCCAGAGGCCCGUAACACCGCCGUGGCCUCACUCGCAGGAGCCCGCCGGUCCGCCCGGGGGUCUGCUGUACCUUAUCGUGGGCUGUGUGCUGGGCGUGAUGGUCCUCAUCCUGCUGGCCUUCAUCGCCAUGUGCCUGUGGAGGAACCGACAGCACAACAACAUGCACAAAUACAACCCUCCAGGCUACUUGUACCAGCCGGCUGACAUGAAUGGACAUGUUCUAGAAUACACCACGUUAGCCGGCACCGGCCACAUGAAUGGCGGCGUCCAUGGGGGCUACGGGCACAGCGUGGGUGGCGGCAUGUUGCCCUCAGGGUGCCACCACUUGCACCACAAACACCCCAACGGCCUGCCGCUGCACAAUGGCAAUGGUGGCCUCUACCCGGGCGGACACAACCAUGGUCAUGACGGCACCCUGCCCCACCCUCACCACCACCAUAAUGGAGGUGGCAUGUACACAGCUCUUGCCCAGUCGGACUCUUCAGACUGUAUGAUCUGUCAGAACCUGUGCAACAAUAACAGGUGUUACAACAAGACCAACGGCGUCCUCUCUGGAGGUACGCUUCCCCUCAUGCACCGAGUGGCACCCUGCCAGCAGGACGGUCUGGAGAUGGUUCCUCUGAAUGGAGCGGCGACGUCUCCGUGCGGCCACCGCCGACCACCCACGGGCGAACGGCUGCCCGAUGACCUCGAUGACCUUGAGGUCGCCCACCCGCCCGACGAGCACCGAGAGUCGCCGCCUUCGCAACGCUCGUGUUGUCUCGAUGGAGACAAUGCGAAAUGUCUGGCAGAUGACACAGCAGAGGAGGAUCUGGACUGCGUGCAUCAGGACGGUUUGGUGCUGUGCUGGGACACUCUGGGCCUUCCAGACUCGGACUGUGAUGAAAAGCCCGGCUGGAUGUCCGGCGGGGGUGAGCUGAUCCAGGCCAGCCUUCAGGAGGUCUGAGGUCCCUACGGCGUGGGGGGAUGGAGGGGUGGAGCUACUGUGGUGAUGUCACAAAGAGGACCUGAGAAAAGACAGUCGGAGGACCUAAGAGAGGACUUUUUCCGACAAGGACGGCAAACUGUCGCGGCCACAGGAGACUGAAACGGAACUCCCAAAGACUCCUUAGAUGACUUAUUUAUUUUUUUCUCGUAGUAAACUAUUAAUUCAUAUGAAUGUAUCUGUGUCAAAGAACAAAGUUGUCAGUCUUUUUUAUUAUUUAUGCUUUUUUUUUUUUUUUUUUGCUUUGCCUGCGAACUGGUUUGUGUUUUGGAGAUUUAGCGACUUGUAAAAUUUUGUAAUAAUAUAAAGAGACGAUAAGGAAGAAUUAGUCAA